CCACGGGACAGCUGUGAGCCCCGCGGUGGCGUCGGCAGCCAGAAGGGAAGACGGCGACUCCCCAGGUACAGGUCUGGAAAGACUUGAAGAAAUUGACAAAUCUGGAUGGCUACCCCUGACCAGAGAGUGGUCUCUAGAGCCCAGAGACCGAAGGGGAGCGAGGGCCGCCGGGGUCCCCUGGACAGCCUGGAGUGUAAGGAGACCCAGGAGCCGGAGCUGGCAGAGGCGGCCAUGCGGACGAAGGCACAGGAAUUCUUCCAGACCUGCGACGCAGAGGGCAAGGGCUUCAUCGCCAGGAGGGAUAUGCAGAGGCUCCAUAAGGAGUUGCCACUCAGCCUGGAGGACCUGGAGGAUGUGUUUGAUGCCCUGGAUGCUGAUGGCAAUGGUUUCCUGACACCAGAGGAGUUCACCACUGGGUUUAGCCAAUUCUUCUUCAACCAGAGCAAGCCAAGUCAGAAAGACGCCACUGAACAGGUGGCCCCGCUCCAGGAAGAGAAGGUGUAUCAGUCCAGAGCAGAAGAGGAUCUGGGUGACCUGGACGAAGAUGAGGAAGCCCAGUUCCAGAUGCUGAUGGACCGACUUGGAGCCCAACAUGUUUUGGAAGAUGAGAGUGAUGUCAAGCAACUGUGGCUGCAGCUGAAGAAGGAUGAGCCGCACUUACUGUCCAACUUCGAGGACUUCCUGGCCAGAAUCUUCUCCCAGCUGCAAGAAGCCCACGAGGAGAAGAACGAGCUGGAGUAUGCCCUGAAAAAGAAAAUCGCUGCGUAUGAUGAAGAAAUCCAGCAUCUCUAUGAGGAGAUGGAACAGCAAAUCAAAAGUGAGAAGGAGCAGUUUCUCCUGAAAGACACGGAGCGGUUUCAGGCCCGCAGCCGGGAGCUGGAGCAGAAGCUGCUGUCUAAGGAGCAGGAGCUGGAGCAGCUCGCCCAGAAACAGAAGCGGCUGGAAGGCCAGUGCACAGCCCUGCAUAAUGACAAGCACGAAACCAAGGCUGAGAACACCAAGCUGAGACUCACCAACCAGGAGCUGGCCCAGGAGCUGGAGCGCACCUCCCGGGAGCUGCGGGACGCCCAGCAGCAGCUAGAGAGCCUCCAGCACGAGGCCCACAAGCUCCACCAGGAGAAGGAGAUGGAAGUGUACCGCGUGACGGAGGGUCUGCAGCGGGAGAAGUCGGGGCUCCUGAAGCAGCUGGAUUUCCUGAGGGAAAGGAACAAGCACCUUCGGGAUGAAAGGGACAUACGUUUUCAGAUAGGGCAGCCAAGUUGAGCGCCGCUGCCGCCAAGGCGAGCAGGAAGCAGAGAUCUGGCUCCGUGAUAGGCAAGUACAUGGACAGCAGGGGCAUCCUUAGAAGCCAGUCAGAGGAGGAAGAAGAAGUGUUUGGCAUGCUGAGGAGGAGAAGCUCCCUGGGCCUGAGUGGGUAUCCCCUUACAGAAGA